AUGAGCAGCGAGUCUGCCAGAAUCGUCAGGGCACGUCGCUUUUUCGAGGGUGACAAAGCGACUGAAAUACUGGAGUGCAGAAACCACAGAGUGGUGGGGUCUGCUAGAGUCAACCUAAUCCGCCAACAGACUGGCGACAGUUCUCGAUGCAAGGUAAAAGGACUAUCACAUUUCAAUGUUCAAGAAGCCGAAUGGGCGGACGACGACGGCCCGGGUGUUUUGGCCACCGAGUUUCACGGGACAUUGAAUUCGUUGUAUGCCCUGGACAUUUUCUCGAGCUUUUUUGGGGCAGCUGCGAAGACUCUGGAAAAACAUCCAUUCUCCGGCCUCGCAGAGGUGCAUCCCAACAACGCAGCAACAGGCAAAGAAGCCUGGAAAUCGUUCUUUCUUCGUCACGAUCAAUUUUCAAAGUUGGCCAGGCGGAUUGAAACUAUCGGGCUCGGCAACCUGGACGACAUCUAUUUGAGCAUGAUCCCCUCUCUUAGUGUGGUGAACAAGCUCCCUGAAGGAACUGCCAUUGUGAAGCUGGCAAGCCAACAGGCCGAACAGUAUGAGAUCAAUCUUCCGCAUGCGUCUGCUAUUGUGGAGCUGGCAAGGCAGCCCACCAGACAAGCCGAUGAGCAUCACCUUUGGACAGAAGCCGGUGGGGUAUAUCUCUGGCUGCUUUCUAUUGCUAAAUCAUAUUCAACACUGAAUGACUUCUCAAUUCAGACAGCAGCGGUGGUGUUGGAGUUCUUGCGGCAAGUCAGCAUGGCCUUGGACAUGACAAACAUGGCACCACCAAGCAGUGACAUGGGAGACGAGGCCGUGAGAAGCCUCGAGGAACUGAAGAAGGAACUGCAGGACGAAUUCUUCAGCUGGCCUAAAGCUCAUCCCACCGUCGCAGCACUUUUGAGGUUAUAUGAGAUCCAGAGACGUGAGUGGGAAUGCGGGAUCCAGCUCGAUGAAGACCAAAAGAGCUGCGAGUAUCCUAUAAGUUUCCAUCUCACCGAAUUACACCAAGCAGCUUGGAACGAUAGCCUAGAUGACGCCUCUGCAUAUUCAGCAUUUAGAGUCGACCUAGCUGGGAAUAUCAACGCGAAGGACAUCUUCGGUUGGACGCCUCUGCAGUAUGCAUCAGAGCAUCGCCACAAGGUUAUAGGAGACUUUUUGGCUUAUGGAGCAAACCCUAGUCCCCAAGACUUAUUUGGAUGGACGCCACUACAUUACGCUUGUAAAUCUAGACCAGCGCAUGGUGACGACUGCGACAACGAUAGCAACAACGACGGCGGCGACGAUGGCAACAGCGACGGCGACGCCGAUGGCAACAGCGACGGCGACGAGGACAACAACUACGAGUCCGAAGAUGAUGAAGAUGACGAAUGUGACGAAGACGUUGACAAAGUCGAAGACAAUGAUGGCAAUAGCAACAACAACGUCGACAAUGAAAACGUGAGAAGUAGCCGCAAUGAGAACGAAGAAGAUCAAGACGAGGACGCCGACAACAAGGUGGACUCCAGCAAUAACGACAAUAUUAUCGACGUAUACGAAAUUAUAUGUACUCUUAUAAGGAAAAAGGCAGACACUACUGCUCAAGGCAGAGACGGAGUCGCGCCAAUACACUGUUCUGCGAUUGGGGGGUCUUUGAAAAUAUUGAAGCUAUUAGAGGAGUCUGGCGCUAACGUCAACGUUCUUGACGCGUCGCAGAGAACACCGCUCCUCUGGGCAGCGUUUCGCGGGAACCAGGCUGUUGUCGAGUAUCUGUGGGAAAAGUCAGACACAGAGCUGCGAGACAGUGACGGCAGAACGGCGUUGCAUCUGGCAGUGCUUUCAGGCCAUAUCCAGACAGCCACGUGGCUUGUUGAUAGAGGAGAGAAGCGCGAAGUCCAAAGUGUGGGCAUCUACAGUGGCAAGGCUACAUCGACCAUAGACGAGGUUGAUAUCACUAAACGCCAGGGUGUCGGCAUCUACGGAGGAAAGGCCUCCUCUUCCACCGAUGGCAAAGAGGUCGAGAAACGCCAGAGCUUUGGCAUCUAA